AUGACUGAAGUCUGGGACCAAUAUCGAGACCUCCUGAUCGGCUGCUGGGAGAACAUUUCCUACGAGAUGUUCGUGGUCGACGCAUCACACCGAAGAUUGGUUGCGAAACCGCACGGAGAGACUCCUCUGGGCCGUCUGUCCAUAUCCCCGCAAGGAUGGGUAGCUGCACAUCUGGCGAGGCCUGACCGCAUGGGCCCGCUUCCAUCCGGCAAGCCAUGGAUGACUGCACCAGAUCAGGAGGUGGCACAUGUUGCUCGAGGUCUCUCAAUGUAUUGCGGCUACAUGAAGCUGUACAGGAAUGACGAAGGCCAGCUAUACUGGCAGACAAGGGUGGAGGUCAGCACUGAUCCGAGCAGAAUGGGUGGGAUCGAAGAACGCAAGGUAACGCUCGUGGACGAGGAUGGAAAAACGUUCUUGUUCCUGGAGCCCAAGCAGGACAUGCUGCUCGAGGUGAGCCAUGCUUCCGCCGCGGCUUUCAGUGGAACCUUUGAAAUCACUGACUGGUCUCAGGAUGGAACGAAAACACGGGCAGUCCUCAAAUGGGAAAAAUUCGAAUGA